UGAUUACCCAGGUUAUGGAGGUUAUCCAGGAGUUUUUCGCAAGAGUGUUCCUAAUGUCGCCAGUGCCACCUACGAGUAUACUAAUUCCAAUGGAGAUGAAUGCGAGUGUAAAGUACCUGUACUUGAAGCGGCUCCGCCGGAGUGUGGUGAGCAGGGCACUAUGCGUGUGGCGAGAGAUAAUCCCAGGUCAAAUACUCAUGAGGAACCCGAGGUGGUUCCGCAUUAAUAUUGACCACAAGUUUUAUGAGUUACGCAAAUAUUUUCUGCAAAAAAAAUCUUUAAAAAUUGAUCUAAUGCAGAAGAAAACUUUAUUUUUAUUUCAAUUCUUUUUCUUUGUAGAAAUCUUCUUUAUCAAAACAAAAUAAGUUGAUUUACAGAAAACUGUGAAAAUUAUUAUAGUUUUCUGUAAUUUUAGCAAAAACUCUUCACACUGCUUUAUAAACUUCAGAAAAAUAUCUAAAGAUGUCACUAAUACUUUCACUUGAACUUCCUACACUGCAGUAUAAGCUUUGGAUUAAUAUCUGAAGAGGUCACUAGUCCUUUCACUUGAUAAAUAUUUCAUUCAUCGCUCAAUGCGUUUACGUUUACAAAUUUCGUGCGGAAAGCGAAAACUCUCCCGACUCCCGAAUGUUUCUAUUUACAAAACGAUGUAAAAAUAGCCCACCAGUUACAUGCCCCGUACUCUUCCUCACCACGUUCCGCGCCACGCACGCGAAAAGAGACUUUGAAAAGUCGUUUCAAGUCGUUCGCCGAUAUUCAAUAAACAGAAAUCCCGACGCGCGCGGUUAAAUUUAUUCGCGUGUUGUUUUCCUCUACCAAACACAUUACGAAAUUAUCUAAAUGUAAUAAAAUAAAUGCAAAUAAAACAUUUAAAAUAAAGCUAAAACAUAAAAUAAUCAAUGAUUAAACGAAUAACCGAAUAAAAUCAAAGAUUCCAAACGGAAAUCUCAAAAAGUUUAAACGUGUACAAGAAAUACACCAACGGAAAUUGUAUAAAACUCAAGUGGAAGUUACCGAGUUAAAGUUGGUAUUAAACUGAAAGUUAAAGGUGCCAAAGUUAGAAAGCAAAGUUUAACGGAUUGUGAGUUGUGGAAUUGAGGGAAUCGCCCCGGAAAUGUCGCGUUCGGCGAGUUAUUACUACGAUCCGGAAAUGCAGGCUGCGAGUAAGCCGAGCGCCUGCGGCACCUGUCUGCGCUACACCUGGAAAACCAUCACGUUUCUAUUUUCGCACAUUACACUGGUCUCGAUGGUCGUCAGCUAUUGCAUUCUUGGCGCUGUCACCUUCCAACACCUCGAGGCCGAGAACGAAAUCGAAGUAAAGAAAAAUAUCAGUAAAAUCCGAUUUAACAUCACCGACGAGUUGUGGAAGUUGACCACGACAGGUUCAUACUAUCUAAAAGAGGACGAGUUCACCAAAUCUGUCACUGUGCGUUUAAAAGACUUCGAAACGGCUUUACUGAAAGCCAUCACCAAAGAUGGCUGGGACGGCGAUGAAGACACCAAGAAUGUUCAAUGGAGUCUUGCUGGGGCUUUGUUUUAUUCUAUUAUUGUCAUCACGACAAUCGGUUAUGGUCAUAUUGCACCAAAAACCGAUUGGGGCAAAGUAGUUACCAUAUUCUAUGCUAUUCUGGGCAUACCAUUAAUGCUUCUAUGUCUCUCAAAUAUUGGCGAUAUCAUGGCAACUUCAUUUCGUUUUCUGUAUUGGAAAGUAUGUUGCUACGUUUGCACCAGGAAACCUAAGAAAAACCGAGGGAGAGGAAGAUCUACACGGGGUACCAUCAGAGGUCAACAAGGAAACAGAUCAAACAGAUCCAGAAAUACAUCAAUAAAACGUGGCCGUACCUCCACACGUUCCGCAGAUAGUGCAUUUGCAUCAUCCUACUCAGAAUCAGAACUGCGAUAUCAUAACGACAUGCAUAUGAACCAUUACAAACGUGGUCAAAGCCUACCACGAAUGAGAACUGCCACCCAAGAUGAUGAAUUCUCCAACUUUCGACCUAAUCUAGGUAGAGAUCGUUCCGCAGCCAGAAUGGAAGCAAUCCAAGCUCGAGGUGGUUCCUUAGACAGACGUAGACCACGCCAAAACCUGGUAGACCCAUCUGUAAUGUCCAGUAUAAAAAUAGUCACUAAUAGAUAUGUUGUGGAUGAAGGUGAGCUCCAAGGACAAUUACCAGGUUUGACUUUUGAAGAAAGAAGACCAAAAAUUGUUGAACCCCGAGGACGAAGAGGAAAUAUAGCUGGAUCUAAUAUUAAUAACCCUAGCCCAGGAGGUACCAUUGAUAGAACAGAAAGAAGAAGCUUAAAACAUCCUCCUGGGAGACAAGGCAGAAGUGAAGAUAGGUCACCAAGAAGAAGAUAUCAAGAUGAUUAUGAUUCGGAUGAUGAUGACGAUGUACAAAUGAAUAAUGAUUUGAGGAGUGCUUCUAUGCCACCGCAAAGACAUCAGAAUACUUUGGAGGUACCCCGAGAGGGAUCACCAGCUGGUAGUUCUAUUAAUGAUGAACAUCGUCAAAGGAGAAGAAAACAAAACAUACAAGGUCCAAGGAUAAUGUCCCCGUUAGGUUAUCGCCAUACCACGAAAUAUCUAGACAACGAAUCUGAUUUGGAUUACUUUGAUGAUGACAAUGGAAUGGAUCAGAGGAGUCAUACCAAACCUGUACCAAUUUGGUUGUGUGUAUUUUUAGUAGUAAGCUAUAUAUUUGCUGGUACGUUCCUGUUCAGUUACUGGGAGGAAUGGGAAUAUCUCGAUGCAGCGUAUUUUUGUUUUAUUACGUUGACCACGAUUGGGUUUGGGGAUUUUGUGCCUGCUAAACGGGUUAAAAAUGAAGAAUUUAAGAAAAAUAUUGCGUUUUGCUCGCUGUAUUUGCUUUUUGGUAUUGCUUUACUAGCUAUGAGUUUUAAUUUGGUUCAAGAGGAGGUUAUUGCUAAUGUUAAGCGGGUUGCCAAGACUUUGGGGAUUAUUAAGAGUGAAGAAGAUGAAGAUGAAGACGAUGACUAGAAAAAGAAUUUCAAAAAUUUUUUGAACUUGAAUAACUUUUGAACCAAGAGAGAUACAAAGAUGAACCAAAUUAGAGAUUAUUUAUUAUUUAUUCAUAUAUAUCAUACCAUGGUAAAAAAUUAGUUUUAGAAAAAUUUUACAUAAAUAUUUGCGUUGAAAGUAAAAA